AUGGCAGGUUUAACUAUACAAGAUAUCCUACAAAUGACACCGAAGUUUUGCAAUAUGCAUCUCCAGCCUCUAGUGGCUUUGGAUGGAGGUGCUCUCACUCUUCUCACCGUCCAGACCAAUUUAUUCAUCGGUACAUUGGCUCCAUUUGCCAUGCAACGCCCAGAGCUUCGUUCCAUUCUGAAAGCUGCCAUGAACUUUGAAAUAUCUGGUCAAUUUAUGCUUACCGAAGUUGACCAUGGACUCGACGCGCGCAACCUUCGGACAACGGCUACUAUCAUGCCUGAUGGCGAUAUCAAUCUCCAUACCCCUUCACCCGAUGAUGCAAAAGUUAUGCCUCCGGCCACGCCUAGAAGCGGGAUUCCCAUUGUUGCCAUUGUAAUGGCUCGCCUUGUCGCUGAAGGCAACGACUGUGGGGUCAGGCCCAUUCUUGUUCAGAUCGGAGAUGGCAAUCAGAUGUGCCAAAAUAUCAUAUCAAAGGCAUUGCCUACAAGAACCGGAACUCAUCCCAUUGACCAUACCGUAACUUACUUCAGUCAUGUACGCUUACCCCGAUCUGCCCUACUAGGGAGCAUAGAAGGGACAGGCGACAAACGCGCAGACUUUGCAUCAGCGAUUCACCGUGUUGCCGUUGGAACUCUUUGCAUCUCCGGCUCCGUCAUUCCAUUCCUCAAGGUUGCAUCUUAUGUUGCAGAUCAAUACAGUCGUAACAGACUCAGUCUCCCGAUCCUUCAUGCCGUGGCACAAUAUAGCAUUCUUGAGUCGUUCUUCAUUUCCGCCGCGAAAUCAUUUGGCGACAUGAGCCUUGAUCCUAGAGUGCGCCAUGGUAUUGCUACUGCUUUCAAGGCAGUGGCUAUCAAUCACUUCAGCAAGAGUAUCAAAGCUAUGAAUGAGCGAUGCGGAUGGCACGGCCACUUUGCGCAUAACCAAUUGCUUCAGCUGGAGCUGGAAAUGAGAGGUGCAUCAACCGCAGAAGGCGAUCUGCGGGUUCUUGCUAUUCGUCUCGCAUCCGAGUUAUUGAUUGGUCGAUAUGAACUGCCACCACCAAGGUCUCCCACGAGCUUUGUUGCCCAACAUGAGACUGCUCUAUUCUCCGAAGCAAAAUCCCUUCUUCAACACUCUGCUCAGGGCAAUCACCGAAGUGAAAGCUUCAACCGGAACAUUUUACCACUUUGCCUUCCAUUGGUCGAAGCUAUCGGUUAUCGAAUGGCAUUCGAGGCCGCCCAGGAGGCCAAUGUUAAUCCUAAGCUCGUGCAACUUUACCAAGCCGGAGUCAUCAAGGAAGACCCCGCUUGGUAUGCUGAACAAGGUGGGCUGUGCCGAGAUGUCCAACGAGAGAUGGAAUCCCACGCAGUAGAUGACUUGCUUCCUCAUCUGCAGAACAUCAUGCAGGAAUCUGGCAUGCAGGAUUAUUGCAACGCUCCCAUGGCAUCAAAGUUUUUGUGGGAUGGCUUUGUUGGUAGAUUGGAGACGUUCAAGGGUAAUGCGCCUCCCGACUUGCUGGCUCGACUUUGA